AUGAAACGGGUGCUCCGUCGCGCCGCACCAAAGCACGCGAGCACACUGUUUAAGGUCAUUUGCAUUUUGGUUUUAUGCUCCUUCAUCUUCUAUCUACGCUCGGAGGAUCGUGAACUUCGAAAUGAUUCUAUCAUCCACGCUCCAGGUUCAAGUUCCAGUAAUGAGGAGGAGAUUCUAAAAAGAAAUAUGAGCAAUGACACAACCUUUGUUGCAGCCGUCCUAGUAUUUUGUGCCACUAGACCAGAUGCUCUUAGAAAUCAUUUAUCACAAAUUUUAGCCCAGCGACCAUCACAAUUCCAAUAUCAUGUCAUCAUUAGCCAAGAUGGUAACAAGACCGCUGUCUCCCAAGUCGCUCAACGUUUCGUCAAAGAUUUCAAGAACGUAACACACAUUCAACAUGAGAAGACGGAAAUCAAAAAGCGGAACAACUACCCAGCAAUCUCGGCGCAUUACAAAUGGGCCCUGGACAAGGUCUUUAAAGAGUUCCGUUAUGAUCAUGUCAUUGUGACUGAAGACGACCUUGACAUAGGUAACGAUUUCUUCUCGUAUUUUCAUUGGGGGAAACAAGUUCUCAAGAGUGACGACACUAUUUGGUGUGUGUCUGCAUGGAAUGACAAUGGAGGUAGUUCUAUCAUUGAUACUGAGCGAGGAGACUUGGUGUGGAGGACUGAUUUCUUUCCGGGAUUGGGAUGGAUGCUCUCGAGGGAGCUAUGGGAAGAACUUUCUCCAGGGUUUCCGGUAGCUUAUUGGGAUGAUUGGAUGAGAAAACCUGAAAUUCGAAAAAGCCGGUCAUGUAUCCGUCCGGAAAUUAGUAGGACCUCUCAUAACAUGAAGUUGGCUGGAAAAGGAUCAAGCGGUGGGAUGUUCAAAGACUAUCUGAGCAAAAUCAGUGCAUCGAGCUCUAACAUUGACUUCUCCCUCCUUCCUACUAAAAUUGUGCAGAAAGAGUCGUAUGACAAGCGGUUGAUUGAAGAAAUUGAGAAUGCGCGACCCAUCGACCUGGAGAACGCGACGACUAGCAUGGAGAAAACCUACAAUUACAAAAUUGCAUAUAAAAACAUUAGGGACUGGCAUAAAUACGCUGCCAAGUUCAAGCUGAUGACAGAUAUUCGGGGAGGAAUGCAAAGGACUGCCUACUAUGGAGUUGUCACCCUGAUGUACAAAAAUUUUCGAGUGUUUGUAGUUCCUGAGUCCACAUACCAGAAACCGUCAGAACUUGCCAAUUAUGUUUAUGACUCAGAUUGGGACAAACAAAAUCGCUUUGUAGAGUUUGAAGCCUACUACUGUACCACUAAAAAGUACACUGGAAAAUGUGAUCCGCACAGUCUCGAGAUGAUUGCGUUUUUCAAGCGGAAAGGAUGGAAGAAACGGCUGGAUGAUUGGGGCGAGAUGAUAGUUGUUUAG